AUGUCUAAAAGUAAACCAAAGAAGACAAGGAAGCUUAGAGGACAUGUUAGCCAUGGUAUGGGCCGUGUUGGGAAGCACAGGAAGCACCCUGGUGGACGAGGCAACGCUGGAGGUGAACACCACCAUCGUAUAAACUUUGACAAAUACCAUCCUGGGUACUUUGGCAAGAUUGGUAUGCCUCAUUACCAUUUGAAACGGAACCCUUACUAUUGCCCAACAAUUAAUUUGGACAAAUUGUGGUCCCUUGUUUCGGACGCAACGUAUGAGAAAUAUAAGAAAUCCACUGAUGGCAAGGCUCCAGUCAUUGACUGCGUACGAAAGGGCUAUUUUAAAGUUCUCGGGAAAGGUGUUCUGCCUAAGAUUCCUGUUAUAGUAAAGGCCCGAUUCUUCUCAAGGCGAGCAGAAGAAAGGAUUAAGGCAGUCGGUGGUGCUUGUGUUCUCACUGCAUGA